AUGCUGGCGAGGCUGACGCUGCUGCUGGCGGCGCUGCUCGGCGCGCAGUCCGCCGACGUCCGCGCGCAGCUAGGCCGCCACGUGCACGCACUCGAGCUCGUCCGCGCUCUUCCGGCGCCCGCGAAGGCCGCCAAGAUCCUCUGCUGGGUCAACACCUACGAGAAGAACCAUGGUCGCGCCGCGUCCAUCAAGGCGACGUGGGGCCGGCGCUGCGACAAGGUCGUCUUCAUGAGCAACGUCUACGACCCAGCGAUCCCUACGGUCCGCGUCGUGGCGCCGCCGACGCAUCUCCACCUGUGGCAGAAGCACCG